AUUAAUAUUAAUUAUAUAAUACUUAGAUAAAGGUGAAGGUUACGAGAAUACAAAUGACUUAGGAGCACCUCCAUCACUGACCAUGAGGCAGGACUCAUCCCUGUCAUCAACAGAGUAUCAAAUUGAAAGCUUAGAGACGAAUUUAAAGGAGCUCAAUAUAAAACCUGACAUGACAAAACCUCUUUCAGUUGGGAUAUUACAGCGAGAGGACAGCAAACCUGGAAAUACUGGUAUACAGACAGCUGGCCUUGGCAACAAUGAAGAUGAUGAAGAUGAUGAAGAUUCAAUGGGGUCUGAUUAUGAUAAUACAGAAGUUGAGGCUGCGGCUUUGGCUUCGCAUACUGCAGCUCCACUUAAAUUGCGCGAAUAUCAAUUAGAACUUGCAGAAAAUGCAGUUCUUGGAAGAAAUACAAUUAUUUGUGCAGAAACAGGAUCCGGUAAAACUUGGGUUGCCCUACAUAUCGUACAGCAGCAUUUACAAAAUGCUUGGAACGGUCAAAGGAAGGUAGUGUUCAUGGCCAGGACUGGGGCUCUAAUCAAACAACAGUCUGACAGGUUUAAAACUUAUCUUCCAUAGUUUCAGACUCGUUUAAUAACCGGAGAAGAUGACCAAUCAAGGAUGUUAAACAUGUUUUUAGAAACUUACGACAUACUAUGUUUCACACCUCAAAUUCUAGUAAAUAAUCUAGAAGACAACGUCAUUAAAAGCCUGUCAGAAUUUUCCUUGUUGAUACUUGACGAAUGCCACCAUACGAGAGGAGAUGAUCCUUACAGUACGCUAAUGAGAAAAUAUCUAGUGGAAAAAUCCAAAACAAAAAAAGAUAUGCC